ACUCCUCGCACAUUUACCGAUGACAGACAGACCGCGGUGGAGGUCGAUGUAAAAUGGAAGUGAGGGAGAAAGCGGAGGAACGGUUCGCGUGGAAAAGCAAACAGGAGAGCGGCUCGCGAACUGCACGCGACACACUGAAUCGUUUGUCGCAGCAUCUGCACGUUCCUGCGAGCGUCUGUGAUCGAGUCGGACUGUUUAACCUGAGAUCAGAAUCAGAAGAAUAAGAUAGGUAAAAGAGACUGGGGCACAUAUUGGAAGAGCACUAGGGGAAGAUUUGGUUGCAGUCCCCCCGGACAGAGGGGAAAGAUGAGUGAGCAGAGCAUAUGCCAGGCCCGUGCCUCAGUCAUGGUCUAUGAUGACACUAGCAAGAAAUGGGUGCCAAUCAAACCAGGACAACAAGGCUUUAGCCGCAUUAACAUCUACCACAACACUGCCAACAACACCUUCCGUGUGGUGGGGGUCAAACUACAAGACCAGCAGGUCGUUAUUAACUACUCUAUUGUAAAGGGGCUGAAGUACAACCAGGCUACUCCUACGUUUCACCAAUGGCGUGAUGCCCGGCAGGUAUACGGACUCAACUUUGCCAGUAAGGAGGAGGCCACAACUUUCUCCAAUGCCAUGCUCUUUGCCCUUAAUGUACUCAGCACCCAGGAUGGAGGUCCAAUAGUUCAGCGGCAAGUACAGAACGGCCCCACCUCAGAAGAACUGGAGGUGCAAAGGAGGCAGAUGGAGAUGCAACAACAGCAACAACAGCAGCAGCAACAAAUGCAGGCACAUAUUGAGAGAGAGCGACGGACAUCCAACUCAGGUUCCCCAUUUCAGGGACACCCUGUGGUGCUCUCAGUGGCACCUCCAAGUGUAGCACAACCCGCCAUGUCAAUGGGAGGGCAGUGUCCACCACCGCCUCCUCCUCCUGCACCACCUGGACCUCCACCUCCCUCGGCAGGCGCUCCUCCACCUCCUCCACCCCCAUUACCUCUGGGUGGAGGGGGUUAUGGGGGUCACCAUCAUCACGAGGAAGCACAAGCACCCACCGGGCUUGCCGCGAUGAUUGCUGGAGCCAAACUGCGGCGAGUGCAAAGGUCUGAGGAAAGUGCAGCACCUGGAGCCAAAAACGAUGCCAAUCGGUCGAGUGGAGGCAGCGGUGGUCUGAUGGAGGAGAUGAAUGCACUCCUGGCGAGAAGACGGAAAGCUGCAAAUCAGUCUGAAAGAGAUGGAGACAGUGAUGAUUCCUCACCCAUGUCUAGAGGACAGAAUGCCUUAGAUGGUGCAAAAAAGCCAUGGGAUCGAGCCAACUCUGCUGAGAGAUCAUCACUAGUAUCCAGGGUUCGACCAGUGGGCAGUGGCGGUGACUCAGAUGCCUUAGACUUGGACAGGAUGAAACAGGAAAUUUUGGAAGAAGUUGUUCGUGAAUUGCACAAGGUGAAGGAUGAAAUCAUUAAUGCCAUUAGAAAUGAACUUAGUAGAAUUAGUACGACAUAAUCUCCACAACCCAUGUGAUCCCUCUUUUCUGAGACCCGACCCGUGACAGGAACUGUUGUAGCUGAAGAGGGAUGGAGCCAAACAGUGUUCCCGCCAUGUUAAAGCAAACUGAUUAAAUUGCUCCAACAUGAAGGCUACGUUGUGUUAACCCUCAGAUGAAAAAAGAAUAAAGGACACCUGCACUGAUUUCUUUACCUGGUUUAAAAAUAUUUGGCAGACUGUCUUUUUAAAGUC